GGAAUUGGAGCGAGGUAGACGACGACGACGACGGGGUCAAGACAAGAAAAGUUACCGGUGGACGGUGGCUUCCUGCGUCAAUCCUCCACCUCGUUUUCUCAAUAUUUAUCAUUCCCUCUCAUUCUUAUCAGAGUGCAGGACCCUCGAAGCUACGAUCAAAGGCAAAUGGCGUAUUCUGCGGACUCGUGGAUGAAGGAAUACAAUGAAGCGGCCAAGUUGGCCGAUGAUAUCGGCGGCAUGAUUUCCGAGCACGAUAAGUUGGUUUCGUCGGGACCCGAGAACCAGCGUCACGCGUCUUCCAUACGGAGGAAAAUAACGAUACUGGGCACUAGGUUGGAGAGUUUGCAGUCUGUCCUAACAAAGAUGCCCAGCAGUCGGCCUAUAUCCGAAAAAGAGAUGAAUAGGCGCAGAGACAUGCUUUCUAACUUGAGAACAAAAAAGGACCAGAUGGCUUCCGCUCUGAACAUGUCAAACUCUCGAAAUAGAGAUAGUUUGUUAGGUCCAGAUGCAAAGCCAGCUGAUGCGAUGAGCAGAACUGUUGGCUUGGACAAUCAAGGCGUUGUUGGUCUUCAGCGUCAAAUUAUGAAAGAGCAAGAUGAAGGUCUUGAAAAGCUUGAGGAGACGGUGAUAAGUACAAAACAUAUUGCCUUGGCAGUUAAUGAAGAACUGGACUUGCAUGCUAGACUAAUUGAUAGUUUGGACCAGCAUGUGGAUGUCACAGACACCCGUCUACGGAGGGUGCAGAAGAACUUGGCUAUAUUGAACAAGCGCAUGAAGGGCAGCUGCACCUGCAUGAGCAUGCUUUUAGCAGUUAUUGCGAUUGUGAUUUUGGUGGUCGCUAUUUACUUGGUAAUCAAGUACCUGUAACAUUAACCACAGUAAACGCGAUGUUCUAUCCAUUAUUUUUCUGUGGUCUUGGCUAUAAAUUUCUGCCAUAAUAGCAAUAUAUAUCUCAUGUUUUGUUA